AUCUUUGGCCUUCUUCUUUUGCAAUGCUUUUGAACCUUUCUCUGAGUGCACAUUUCCCUGUUUUAUGAGAAGCCUCUUUCUGGCUCUUUGCAUUUGGAUACUGCAAGCAGUACAGCAGGAGUCUUUCCUCGGGAUCACUUUAGUGGCAGCCUGUGAGCUCUAUAAGUGGAACCCUUACUUUCAAUUUUCCAAAGGACAUGUAUAGAAGGUUGGGCCUGACAGAUGGAACUGAAACUGACUAAAAUCAAAGGAAACUUACAUGGACUGACCCUGUUUAAAGAGUCACAGUGCACCCUCUGUGGGGAACCGGAAGAGGAAGAGGGCGGAGAUCUGGCCCAGCCGGGCAUCAGUUUUCCAGGGCCAGCAGAGGAGGAACUAGAUCAGCAGUACUCAUGGUCACCAACUCAGCACUUCAAUGAAGAAAGAUACUCCCCUGCUCCUAGGAAUAUGAAAGGAUUAUCUGGGAGUCGAAAUCAACCACAGUUAUGUUCUGGACAUACUUGUGGCUUAACACCCCCUGAAGAUUGUGAACAUACUCAUGACCACAUUCACCAUGGGCAGGAAACAAGGCAGUCCUACUUGCUCAGCCCGACUGACAGCUGCCCAAUGGAGCAUCACCGUUGUUCACCCAGAAGUUCCAUUCAUUCUGAAUGUAUGAUGAUGCCCAUGAUGAUGGGCGACCAUAUGUCUAGUAGCACUUUUCCCAGAAUGCACUACAGUUCACAUUACGAUACAAGAGACGAUUGUGCCAUGUCUCACGCUAGCACAAAAAUUAAUCGAAUUCCAGCCAAUCUGUUGGACCAGUUUGAGAAACAACUCCCUCUCCACAGGGAUGGAUUCCAUACUUUACAAUACCAGAGGACUUCAACCGCCGCAGAACAGCGCAGUGAGAGUCCAGGGAGAAUACGGCACCUUGUCCAUUCUGUCCAAAAGCUCUUCACCAAGUCUCAUUCUUUAGAAGGCUCUUCCAAGAGUAAUGUCAAUGGGACGAAAGGUGACAGUAGAGUGGAUGACCACCACCACAGCCACCAUUUGAAACAUAGUAAAAGGAGUAAAAGCAAGGAGCGAAAACCCGAAAGCAAGCAUAAACCAGGCAUGAGUAGUUGGUGGAGUUCUGAUGACAAUUUGGACAGUGAUAGCACUUACCGAACACCAAGCAUGGUUCAUAGGCACCAUGUAGAUCAUAUCUCCCACUGCUACCCUGAAACUCUCCAGAGCCCCUUUGGGGACCUGUCACUAAAGACUUCUAAAAGUAAUAAUGACGUAAAGUGCUCGGCCUGUGAAGGCUUAGCUAUGACUCCUGAUGCAAAGUACAUGAAAAGGAGUUCCUGGUCCACCCUUACAGUAAGCCAGGCAAAGGAAGCUUAUCGUAAGAGUUCCCUUAACUUGGAUAAGCCUCUGGUCCAUCAGGAAAUCAAGCCUUCCUUGAGGCCAUGCCAUUACCUUCAGGUGCCUCAGGAUGAAUGGGGAGGGUACCCACCUGGUGGCAAAGAUGAGGAAAUACCCUGCAGGAGAAUGAGAAGUGGGAGCUAUAUUAAAGCCAUGGGAGAUGAGGAGAGUGGAGAGUCAGACUCUAGCCCCAAAACGUCACCAAAGGUAGCCAUCCGAGCAGAGCCGCUGUUGAAGUCCAUCGGACAGAGACCGCUUGGAGAUCACCAAACCCCAAGCUACCUGCAAGCUGCAAGCGAUGUGCCUGGUGGUCACAAUCUGGAUCCGUCUGCCAACUACAACUCUCCAAAAUUCCGCUCCAGAAACCAGAGCUACAUGAGAGCUGUCAGCACUCUGAGUCAGGCCAGCUGUGUGAGCCAGAUGAGUGAAGCCGAGAUCAACGGGCAGUUUGAAUCAGUGUGUGAAUCCGUCUUUAGUGAAGUUGAAUCUCAGGCCAUGGAUGCCCUUGACCUCCCUGGAUGUUUCCGAACAAGGAGUCACAGUUAUCUUCGAGCCAUUCAAGCUGGUUACUCCCAAGAUGAUGAAUGUAUUCCUGUAAUGACAUCCUCCAACAUCACCUCAACCAUCAGGUCAACAGCAGCUGUUCCGUACACCAACUACAAAAAAACACCCCCGCCGGUGCCCCCUCGCACCACCUCCAAGCCGCUGAUCUCGGUGACGGCCCAGAGCAGCACCGAGUCCACGCAGGACGCCUACCACGACAGCCGGGCCCAGAGGAUCUCCCCGUGGCAGCAGGAUGGCCGAGGCCUCUACAACUCCACCGACAGCCUGGACAGCAACAAGGCCAUGAACCUCGCUCUGGAAACGGCCGCUGCUCAGCGCCACGCCUCGGAAAGCCAGGGCAGCUCGGCGCGCACCGGCGACAAGGCGAUCCUGGCGUCCAAAGCCGAGGAGUUCCUCAAGAGCCGGCGGUCCUCUAUCGGGAUUCAGGAUUCUGAAUUCCCAGAGCAUCAGCCAUACCCAAGGUCAGAUGUGGAAACAGCUACAGACUCUGACACAGAGAGCCGAGGCCUGCGGGAAUACCACUCUGUUGGCGUGCAAGUAGAAGAUGAAAAGCGACAUGGACGUUUUAAGCGUUCCAAUAGCGUAACUGCUGCCGUUCAAGCAGACUUGGAGCUAGAGGGCUUUCCAGGACAUAUUACUAUGGAGGACAAAGGUCUCCAGUUUGGCUCAUCUUUUCAGAGACAUUCAGAACCUAGCACUCCUACCCAGUACGGAGCGGUAAGAACUGUGCGGACGCAGGGACUCUUCAGUUACAGAGAAGAUUAUAGGACCCAAGUUGACACUUCAAACCUUCCCCCUCCUGACCCUUGGUUGGAACCGUCCAUUGAGACAGUAGAAACUGGAAGGAUGUCUCCAUGUCGCAGGGAUGGGUCGUGGUUUUUGAAACUGCUACACACAGAGACAAAGAGGAUGGAAGGCUGGUGUAAAGAGAUGGAAAGAGAAGCAGAAGAAAAUGAUCUCUCAGAAGAAAUCCUCGGUAAAAUCAGGAGUGCUGUUGGGAGCGCUCAGCUUCUUAUGUCCCAGAAAUUCCAGCAAUUUUAUUGGCUUUGCCAACAGAAUAUGGAUCCCAGUGCCAUGCCAAGGCCUACUUCCCAGGACCUCGCUGGCUACUGGGACAUGUUACAACUUUCCAUUGAGGAUGUCAGCAUGAAGUUUGAUGAACUGCACCAGCUGAAGCUCAAUGACUGGAAGAUAAUAGAGUCACCUGAAAGAAAGGAAGAAAGAAAGGUCCCCCCUCCAAUACCAAAGAAGCCCCCAAAAGGGAAAUUUCCUAUUACAAGAGAAAAGUCCCUAGACCUGCCUGACAGACAACGUCAAGAAGCUCGAAGACGGCUCAUGGCCGCUAAGAGAGCAGCCUCCUUUCGACAGAAUUCUGCCACAGAGCGCGCUGACAGCAUUGAAAUCUACAUCCCCGAGGCCCAGACCCGGCUUUAAGGACAGAAUGCUGCAACAUUUACCUUUUUUUCUUCUUCUUUUUAACAAAAUGCUUGUACAGUUUGUCAUCUACCUGGUAAUUUUUGUCUCAUUUCCUCCAUCGAAUACACCCUUGCUGUUGUGUUCUUUGUGCCAUAAACACAUUGGAAUGCUUUCGAUUUCCUCAGUUUGCUGAGCUCAUUGCAAGAACGACUUCCUAUUUUCUUUUUUUUCUUUUUAACUGAUGGUCUGACCUACAUCAGUUAUGAUGGAUAGGCUUUUUGAGACCUAACUUAUCCCCCUUGUUCUCAGAGGAUAACAAGAAAACACCUCUUGAGAUGGAACCCGACGUACAUUUUGUUAUUUAUAUUUUUAUAAAUUGUGUGAUAGUUAGAAAUAAGAAUAACAAAUAACUAUAAAUGGGUGCAUCUCACCAUUUACUAGAGGCAUUAGAUAACCCAAGUGGAAGGUGCUACAACUUGAAGUGCAGGAAAGAAAGAACCCAUUUCUCCCUUGAGCCUCUGGUACAUUUUCCCUAAAUCUAGUUGAUUCACCUGUCCUCAUGUGUGCUAUUCUUUGUCGCUCUAGAAAACAUUAGGCUUGUUGUGUCAAGUUUAUGAUAAUGAAAAGUGAUCUCUCCAGCUACCAAAACUCCCUACCAUAUGGUUUGCCAACAACCCAGGAGAUUACAAGUCUGAACCCAUUAAAAAUAUCCAGCACAGAAUCAACACACAAAAAUAAGCUGAAUUGUCAUACAAAGGAGUGAUGGAUGAAAAGAAAUUAAAGUCUUAAAAAGGCUAACUUCUAUAGCAAGAGAAUAAAGAGAAAAAAAUGUCCUUACGUCUAUGAAAUAGUCAUUGUACUUUUAAAUUCCUUUAUAAUUUAAAACUUACAUACAUGUUUUUCCUUGAAGUUCACCAUUUAUGCUACAUGUGAUUUUAUAUAUAUAUAUAUAUAUAUUCUCAGACUGCUCUAUCAGUUGACUUUCCAGGGUAUCCUUAAAAAAAAAGUUUGCUUGUUUAAAAUGACAGUUGUGAUGUAAAAAGUUUAAGAAAUAUGAAUGUGAGUGGUAAGUAUAUCUCAGUUAUAUGGUAAAGAUGAAAUGUAGUUUACAUUUGUAUUUUUCCAGAAUUCUUUUGUCCUAUGCAGUAUUACUAAAGCCAAGAAAAUAUUUCUUGCUUGUUUUAGACAUGAAGAAAAAUGGUCACGUAUUGUGAUUUCCAACUGUGGAAUUUAAGGAAAGUAAUCUGUUUUCAUGACUCCGAUUGGCACCAGAGAAAAAUAGAAACUACUCUAAUUGAAAGGUUUUACAUUACUGUAAUCAAAAUUUUGAUUCAGUAAUCGUUAUUUGAACACCACUUCUGGAAAAUGAGUAUUGCUAUUCAGACACAUCCUCAAAUGAAGAAUCUAUCAAAUUUACCUAUUUAUUCCCAGUCCUUCUCACUGCUACUCAUGGUAAAGACAGGAUUGCAGUUGAAGAUGGAAGUUUCCACCAAACUGCCAUGCCUUCCAUUUCCCUGCUUUAAGGAAUGCCAUGUACCUUGCCAUAGGCAGAAUAGCUUUCCAUUAUCUUGUAGCACUUUGUUUUCUAGUCUUUAUUUGCACUUUAAAAUGUAUCCAGCUCACUCUGCAGCUUGAAACACCAUCAAGAGCAUACAGAAAGGUAGUUACACAGUUGGAGCAUUCUUUAAGAAUGUAGUUUUUCCUUUUCCUUAUCUUCUACAUUCCACUAAGCAUGGGGUUUACUGGGAGCACAGUUGAUAUUAAAGCAUGUUUAGCUUCAAAAUUUUACUUUUUAAAGCUGAAUAAUUAAGAAUUCCCUGUAAGAACAAAACCCUGUAAAUUGAGCCUCGGGUCUGAGUAUAUAUUUUACCAAACAGCCUUAAAAUAUAUUUGGAAGCAAAAAUCAGUACGAAUGUAAAACCUUGAAAAAUGCAAAAAAAAAAAAAAAAAA